AUACUCCUUUAGCAUGUUUAGGGGCUCCUAAUACACUCCCCAUACACCCCAUUCGAACCCCCAAAGAGAUAAGAGAGCAAGGGAAUCCACACAACCCAAGAGAGAAGGAAGGAGGAGAGCAGUCCGCAGGUUCGUUCUUCAGUGCGUAGCUCUGAUUGUUUGAGCCAUAACUUGAGAUUUACUCAUCCAAAUAAGGCGUGCGAGAUACCAACAGAAAGCUCUCAAGACGAGGAAUCCGUGAAGGUCUGGUUUGCAUCAAUCGGAGUAGUGGAAGGCUUCCAAAUCGACCGAGCAAAACACGACCUCGCAGAAUACGUUUUUGUAUUCAAAGUUAGGGAACGAAUUCGUCGGGAAACACCCGUUCUAGGGACUGUUUUUGCAUCAACGAUUAAGGGUUGAACUAGCACUUUGAGGAGGCUGUUUAACACUCAUAUUUGAGCAAGGAAUCAGUUCCAAAUCCACCUUGACCAAAGCUUUGACCAUUGGACCAAGAAGGGAAAGUUUAAAGCUCAAUUGAGGUUGAGGCUAGAGCUUGCAUCCUGUGCUCGUUGAUCGAGUGAUUCCUCAGAGAGAAGACUUGGUUCGUGCUUCCUCCAUUCUAUUUGAAACAUUAAUAAAUUUGCUCAUGGAUAUUUUACUAUAGAGCCUGCGUGCUCAUGAAUAGCCCGGUGUGGCCUUUUGUUUUAAACAAUGUUUUCCGCUGCGUUAUGAAUUACUUAUUAUGUUUGUUUAUGGAUGUUAUAUGUGUGAAUGAUAUUCAUGACGCCUUGUAUAAUAUGAAUGUGUUGGACUGCGGUUGACUAUUCGUAUUGUACGGCGGGUUGUUGACGUGUCCGGGUAGGUCCGGGGCGUGACAGACUUCCCCUCUCUUCCACCAGUAUAUGCUGCUAGAGCUGGAAGGCCAAGAAAACUUGGAAGGAAAUCUGCAGUUGAUCUGAGCACAGAUGGAGUCCGAGUAGCAAGAAGACAUAUUAAAUUGCAUUGUUCAAAGUGCAAGAAGGAAGGCCACAAUGCAAGGAGAUGUCAGGAUGAUCCUAACAACAAGGAGAAGCUGAUAUAGUGUGCAUCUAUAUUUUGUAAGGUUAUUUUAUUAUUGUAAUAUAUGGUGUAUAUUGUAAGCAUUAACUACAUUGUGUUUACAUGUAAUCAGAUGCAACCCAGAAAAAGAAAUAGGGAACCUGAGAGCAAUCAGAGUGUUGGAGUGCAUGAUAGAGGUGAGGAGCCUAAGGAUGAGGGGGUUGCUACACAGGGAGACCUUGUUCAUGACUCCAACCUUGUUGAUGAAUCCAACCUUCUUGAUGAAUCCAACAUUGUUGACAUUGCCAUGAUGUGUGUUGAGGAAGCAACUUUUGGAAGUGAGGUUCCUAUUUUAGAGGGGAUAGAGUUGGAGACACAUUGUUUUUACCCUAGAUUAUAGUCGUUUCUAGGACAGUAAAGUUAAUUAAUGUAUAACUAUGGUGGCUUGUGAAAUAUAGGUUAUUGGCACUUAUAAAACUCUGAGAUGUGAGAUAUGGUGGCACUUAUAAUUCAACAAUAAGUAUAUUGGCUUGUAAAACUGAGUUGCAAAAACUGCACGUAUGGAGCUUUGCCUUAUAAGUAAAAAC